CUGUCCCGAAUCUCGAUGCACCGAAAGGAGAAAAUUGAAGGGCGUAGCAGCCGCAACGCGACCCACACACUCGGCGGCUGCGGCGGAGGCGGCGGGAGGGAACCAGCGAUGCAGGCACUGGCACGGGCGGCGCGGGGGAUCCUGCCGGCGACGGCGGCGGCGCCUGCGGCGCGAGUGCAGCAGGCGCGGGGGAUCGUGGUACAUGUGAAGGACGGCAACCUGGAGCGCGCGCUGGGGGUAAUGGCGCGCAAGAUGCGGUCGAGCGGCAUCGAGAGGCUGAUCCGGGCCCGGAGCCAGAUCCACCACCACGUCAAGGACUCGGAGAAGCGGGUGCUCGCCCGCAAGGCCCUCAUGCAGCGCGUCCGCUCCCAGGAGCUCGGCAAGAAGCUCCGCGACAUCCUCAUCAAGAAGAUCAGGGGCCAGUGAGUGCAUAUUUCAUGAGGUGGCAGGAGGAUUACCGGUACUCCAUGGUCAUUUUAAUCCAUACCCAGCGGUGAACUGUAGGAAAUGAACGGAUGUUUUCUUAUUUGGAUCCAUUCAUAUAUAAAAAAAGAACUCCCACUUUUGCUGUCUUGUAUCAAAAAAGUGGUAAACUGAGGAUUUUAUCAUGGCAUAAUAUUUAGUAUCUCUGAUUGGACUAUUUGAGAAUGUGUUACUUGCGUACUAAUGUUAUAUGGAAGUCAAAAUGUCUCAUAAUACUACUAAA